AUGUCGCGCAUCCUCGCGGCGGACUCCUUCAACAGGAGCGGGAGGGCUCUGUUCCACUACAGCCACUACGCCCUGGGCGCAUUCGUGCCCCUCGCGUGCUUCGCGCCCGACAACAGCGUUCUGCAGACCGUGGCCGACUGGGGCAUCACGGCGGCGCUGCCGGUGCACUCGCAGAUCUCGGUGAACGCCGUGGUCUCGGACUACGUGCCCAAGCCCGUCCGAGGGGCGGCGAGGGUGGCGACCCUCUUCGGAACAGCGACGAUGUUCCUGGGCCUCGCGAAGCUCAACGCCACGGGCCCGGGGCUCACGCGCACCGUGCGGCAGCUGUGGCACAAGGAGCCCCCGCUGUCGACGCAGUCCACGGCCGUCUGA